GCUUAAAAAGAUCUCUAAUUUCAUGAAAAAUAAUAAAAUUAUCCUUGCAAGAAGUCCUUUAUCAUCAGAAAGAAGUUACCUCCUUGAACAGAUGCUUCAAGAUCUUUUUGAUGAUUGUCUUGCUAUAUAG